CGGUGCCGGAGCCCACAACACAAAGGAAAUGGAAGAGUUAAAAGAACUUCUCAGUCCUGAAGUGAGACGGCCAGCUUUGUUUUGGGAAGCUGGCACGCACGUGGCUGCUGAGCCCUCCCUCUGGUUUUCCUGCCCCCUCCGUUUGUCAGAGUAGGCAUGUGAUUGCAGCGUAUAAGAAUUUCAUUGACGCCACACUGGCUUCCUCAGCUAGGAGGGUUUCUUGCUUUCUCCUGAAAGUGCUGUGAGUAAAAGUAUGUUGAAGGUGCACAGACUUCUAUACGUGUGUUUCCACGUCUUGCGGAAACUUCAGAGCCUAACUUGUUCAAUGCACCUCCCAGAUGAGAAACUACCUCCCUCAAUUUCUGUGGCUCUUUGAAUGAGUUACGUUUUAAGAUCGUGGAAAGAAAUUAACUGAAUUUUAGGGUAAGUUAUCCAUUAGACUACUUCUGUAUUCUCUCUUUAGCAUUUUCUAAGAGCUCUGGAAUAAACUGUGACUGUAUUGUGAGAGGCAGAAUAAAACUCUUUGCUUUUUAAACCUUCUUGUAGGCAUUGGGUCUGCCUAUUAGCUUUGUGUCUCUGUUGCACUUUAUUGCAAUGAGUGCGUGCAUCCCAGUGGAGCUCUGACAGAUGAGAUCUGGCAAAUCUUACUGCAAAGACAAAAUAUGUGAUCGUUGUGCCUCUCUGUCAGGUGAGAGGGAUCCAACAGAAGAACUGGCAGAAGACCUGUACUUGUGUGUCUCUGCCUAAAACUCGUUUUGGUGUACUACUUUAAGCUACUGAAGAACAAGUUAUGCCCAGAUAGCACUGCUGUCAUCCAGCAGAUCUGGAUGCAGCUGUGGUGCUGGUAUCUGUCCCCCUCUUCUUGGGAGAUUGUGGCUGGGCUGGAGUGUGCCGCUGAGCGGCAAUAACUUGAAUAGCCGUAAUGCCCAAGUUGGAGACUCGCACAAAUAGUUCUUGCACCAUUCAGUCCCUGUGUCUCCUCUAACGUGCUGAUGUGGUGAGUACCGUUCACCUGGGGGGAGAUGCAAGUACCAAGGGGAGCACUGAACGCAACCUUAUAAAGUUAUUAUUAAUGUCUCCUUCAGGCCUGAAAUUCCUCUUGCUAGUCUUCCGUUCUGUUAAAUGCUUCGCAAACCAGAGCAAAGGAAGAGACGUGAAGAGUUGAAUUUCACUGCCUUGUUUGGAACUGGGUGGAAAUCCUGGAGAUGGAUCUCUUAGGAGACUGUCUUCCAAUUGGGUUAGAUGCACAGGAGCGAUGGAUCGCCCCAGCUACCUGGAAGAGGACUAUUCUAGCCUGGAUGGGCUGGACGAUGACGUGUUUCACUCUGAUGACUUUGGACUUGCAGGUCAGCCUGGUGAGAUGACUGCAACUGGCAUUUUCACACAGAACCAGUCCUACAGCUGCCUUCUGGGGAGGUUUCAACUAUUCCCCCUCACACACUGCUGUGGUCCCGGUAGCAGGCAUCCCGAGCAGCAGGACAAGGCAACUCAAACACUCAGCCUGUCCUCUUCCAGUCAGGAUGUUAUGUUGCCUUGUGGAGUCACUGAAGAGCCCCGGAGACUCUUCUAUGGGAAUGCUGGUUACCGUUUACAUGUUCCUCCAGUUGGCUUUGCAUUGGAUCCACGUCUCCAAGAGGAGCCUCAGGAGGGUCAGCGAGAAGCACGUGCCGAGGUGCAGAUUGCACGGAAGUUGCAGUGCAUUGCAGACCAGUUCCACCGGCUCCACAUUCAGAGGCAUCAGCAGAACAGAAAUCAAGUGUGGUGGCAGCUUUUUCUCUUUCUACACAACUUGGCCUUAAAUGUGGAGGCGAACAGGAACCACACUGGGCAGAGGUGAGCUUCGCCCACCUGUUUCAGGCCACAUCCAGUCUGCAGGGAGCACUGAACAAACACUGGUUCGGGGGAGAGACAUGCACACCGCCGGCCGGAUGUGAGGACUCUGUGAAAUUCUUAUACUCGCCUUCAAGUUUGGGUUUUUUAUGGACUCUUCUUUGCUGCUUGCUGCCUCAUGAGGCAGGGAGCUCUUGUCCAACACUGUCGAAGGAAGUUAGAAUGUGGGUGUGUUUGGUAACGCUUGCUGCUGGUUCCCCGUGCUGGUAACUUCUGUGCAAGAGAGGCAGGUAUUAGACUAACAGCUUCUUCUACUGUUUGUUAGUCAAUAAUAGAAUGCAGGAGUUUGUAAUUUUGGCUGCUAGUUAAAAAGGAUGUCUGUGAUUGAUGACUCUAAACGUACUUUGGGUAUCUUCCAGAGUAGAGAUGCUUGAUUCCUCCAUGAAGAAAGUUUUUUUUAGCAACAAUAACAUUCAAGUGUCUUAUAUCCAGCGGGUUACUUGUUUUCUGCAUGGGUUACUGCUUUUUUUUCUUGGAUCUUUUGUGAGAGAAAAUCACAAAGAAAUUUGAUCUCUUAAAUCUUUCCACUAAGCACCAGUUGCAGAUCCCUCACAUGAGGUUGUUCUUUCUCAUUGCCCCAAACAGACAAAACUGUUUCUAUAAGAACGUUCUUCAAAAACCCUGCUUGGAGUUACUGGUGGCUAUUCAGUGUCUGCAAUUGUUUGCUUCCAGUUCAGUGACUGCUGUGCCUCUAAGCCAGCAGGGAGCUGAAAACCAUGGAAUAAGACCAUCGUUCUCCUACUAUGCUAAUGUAUAUGUUUUUAUUAGUUUUAUGAUGGGUAUUUGUUUUAUUUUUCGUUUCUAUUACUAUAAUGUGGUUGGUCAGGAAGGCUUAGGUCCCAGGCAUCUGAUAAUUUGCUUCAGGAUUUGACAGAGAAAUUAAUUAUCAACCAGUCUGAUGUGCACACUGUACCAGCAGUCCGUCUGUUACUAUACUAAGUAACAUUUGGAGACUAGCAUAUAUUGACUAGCAGCAGUAAUAUUACUUCAAGGGAGAUCUUCUAAGAGUUCCUGGUUUUUAUCUGCUCAGAAGUUUGUCUGUAUGACUGACGCUAUUAGACCAGCACAGGGGAAUUACCUACCAAAUGAAGUACUUCUGUGUGGCCUUAAAUAUUGUUAAUUGACCAACCCAGUGACAACUUGGAUAAAAUAUUACCGGUAAAGUAACACAUCUUUUAUAUUCUUCAGAGAGUUUCCAUAUUUCCACUGCAACUUAUUGUAAAUCUCAAAUUAUAAAACUAGCUUGAGGAAGAUCUGUCCAGAGAAUUGCUGUUCAGUACUGUUACACAUGUCGACUUCAGGUAUUCAGGAAUUCUUCUGCUCUUAGUCCACUCUGAAUAAUAAGCAUUACUGUAUGGGAAGAGCAGUUCACUUGCACAUGUGCUUUCUCCUCUACCCUUCUCUGCAAGUCCUUCUCUAAUUAAUUCUUUCUCUGUUUUGUGUAUAAUCUCAUCAUUGCACUGUAGUGUCUGGUAACAAUUUGCUGAACACUUUAUUUGGACUUUAUCCCUCUUUCCCAGCCCCAUUCUCUUGACUUGCAUCCUGCUUUACUGUGGCAAAAUGUGCUUUAGCUCCCUGAAACAGGUCCCAAAGCUUUUUUUCAUUUGCAUGUGUUCACAGCCGCCAUCUUUCAGCAUAAUGAGGGUUUAUGUGAGAAAAUCUUUUUUCCUCCUCUUAUAUUAUUUUUCUAGCUAGAGCUAGGGUGAUAUGUUUGUCUAGGAUGACUGAGAAUUCAUAUAAAUGAAUCUCAAGUUAUAUUUUAGGGGUUGGGUUUUAGAGGGGGAGGGCUUUUUAGAGGGAGGGGGAAGAAUUGUUUUCGGUUUUGUAUUGUUUCUUUAAGCACGUGCACUACAAAGUUACCCAGAGGGACACAAGUGGUACCUGUUGCUGACUUUGCUGCAGCAGUAUGGGAAGCCACUCUCUGCCCAUGUUUACAGGGAUCAGGCUUUCCGUACCUUGCUUUGCACAGUCUACUUGGAGUAAAUGCUGGUCACUGGAGAACAGGGAUUUAAAGAGGGGGUGAAGCCUGAGGGGCAGUGCAAGCAGAGACUGAAUUGAAGACCGCUUGGAAGCUGGAUAUUAAGAAAACAACUCUUAAAAUGGAGUACAUCUGGCUAACAUGAAAGCUGUUAAUGAGGCGGGAGUGGACCUGCUGAGGCUCAGGUAGCAAUGUAGCAAUGCUGUCUGCCAGCAUGGCAUCCUUUGAGACAUGAUGCUUGCGUUUUCCUUCUGGUUGGCAGGGCCCUUUCAUCAGGUGCAGUCACAGACCAGCAGAUCAAAGCUACAUCAUAACAGCCCUGCAAAGUAAGAAAGAUUCAGCAAGUGCAUCUGACACUUAAAAAAUCAUUGUGAGCAUUCCCCUUCCCCUCCCACUUGACUUGAUUGCCAAACGGGCCAGUUAAAUCCAAAUGCAAAUAAGGCCUGGUGUGUUCUGUAGGUAUGUAAGCUGGGAAGAUAAGUCUGGUAUUGGCACUUGCUGGUUCUGUGACCCUACCAGUUUAUCUAGGAUAAGACUUUUCUCAACGUGGAAAAACAGAUACCUGAAAUUGUUCUGCAGUUGUGUUGACUGCCUGACCAGAAUCAUUUGGCUCAAUGAGAGACACAUCUUUGCCAGUCCAUAUUUCCCACUGGAACAACAGACUUAUCAAAAUCGCUCCUUCCAGGGUCUCAAGUUAAAAUCUCUGUGAACAACAAUAACUUUAUUGGAGACAUAGAGCUAAUCCUAGACAAAGGCUGACUUCCUGCAAUAUGUGUGGUGGUUACUGUUGCCAGAGAUUUACAACCACUGAUAAUAUAUUUUAAUUAUAUUCCAUAUCUGCAUCUCUUAGAGAAGGGAAAUAGACUCUCUCAAUCCAAGAGUCUUAUUCUGCUUCAUGUAGGUUUUGAGGAACAGGCUGGUUAUUCGCUUAAGGAAAAAGGAGCUGCUUCAUACAUACAGUCUCACCUACCUGACGAAGUAGUGAGUACCCAUAAAGUUUUUUCCUUCCCACCUGGUCAGAUGUUUCUGUCUUCUCUAGACGUUGGGAAGAUUUCACGUGUUUAUCAACAAAUACACAGAUGCACGUCACCCAUGUAUUUGUCACCUAUCCCAUGUUGGUAGGGCCCCUUCAGCGUGCACUGAGGAAAUCUUCUCAGAGUACCUGUUACAGUAUGGCCACAGACAUAAGUAGGCUGUUUGGGGAAGCCGUUCCAAUGAACAUGGUUUAAGUCCUCUAAGGGAAGGAGAACGCUCAAAUUUUUCAAUAUUAGUUUGUCUUCAUGGAAGGAUUGGGAUACUGUUCCUCUCUCUGAUGUAAAACUAACUGCAAUUUAGAGAGAACAGUUGGAGCUUUCUCCUAAAACAAAUUCCUAUUUUUAAUGAGGAGUUCUUAAGAAAAACUUGAGCUGCUGCUGGUGCCACCAGCAGUGUUGAAGUAUCUUGCUUGCCUUUCCCAGAUCUUCAAAACGGCUUCAGACCUCAGCUCUCUUUCCUUCAGAGAGAGAGUUCUCAGUGACAGUUCGUUUCUGUAUCCCUUCCCAGUUUCCCAGUCGGUCUUGUAACCCAGCCCAUCCCUGGAUCCAGUAAGCCUGGUGCUAGUAGGGAAUAGUUAGUUUUACUUUUGUUUCCUGCAAUUCUUGAAAGCUGAGCCAGUAAUCACAAAGUGACUGCCCAGGGAUAGCUGCAAACUGCCAUAAGUAGGGCACAGCAAAGGCAGAGAAGAGAAUGGAUUUGCAUAAAAAGGGUUGCCAUUGGAUCUGUAUACUGGACUGCAGACUUCUCCCAAGUUCUCUGGUAGCACUGAAAUCCUGCAUAACUGAUCACAUAUCUCAGUUGCCAGGAGUUUAUUGGUUUAUAUAGGUUUUGCAUAUUCCACUGCAAUCCUCUUUCCUGUAGUACCAAGUUUGCCUGUCUUUUGCUGUUUGAAAUAGCUGUUUGGUAUUAUAUGUUUGUUGGCUAAGCUUUUAUUAGAAAAAUCUUACUAGAAAGAAACUUCCUUAUCAGCCUUUGCUUUGGAGCUAUGUAUCAACAAGGGGACAGAGGAGAGUAACCCAGCCCUUCUUAAUGUAGGAAGGGUGAUUGCAAAGACUUCUUUCUUUUUACUGACUGUCCUCUUUGUCCCUUCAAGCCUAUAUUGAAGUUAUAUGAGAUAUGUGCACAUGAGAGUACUUCAGCCCUCAAGUUGCUCCAUAGCAGUCACUGGAGCUCUGGGAAACUGCAGAUUCUUCCCCUUGGUAGACUAGGUAGAAGCCUUUUUUUUUUUUUUUUUUUUUUUAGGAAAAUUACUUGAGGCAGUUGUUGCAAUGUGAGCCUAUCAACUCUGUAAAAUGAAUUCCACCCUCCCUCUACCAGUCCUGAUUCAUGUCUCCACUGAAGCUAUAGGAAUGGUGAGACUGGGAUGUGCUGGAUGGCAUAUCAUUGAGGAUAUUUUUAAAGGGAAGAAUAUGGAGCACCCUUAGAAGAUAUGUUAGGAGCCGAGCAAGAAUGCAGAAAUAUGGAGGUCUUGCCUUGUCUUAUUAGCUAUAUUUACUGGGAGAUUAUACACGAAGGGACCAUGGAAUGUCCAUUCAUGUUCAUGGGAGCUCUGCAUAUGGACCAAGCACUAUAGAGUAUUAGCAUAAUUUGACAAAUGGGUUUUCAAUAAUAUUGUUCAAAUGAGUCUCUCUUUCAAACUGGCAUUUGUGGUCGCCAUUUUCAGAAAUGUCUACCUAUUGCCUUUGAUUUUUUUUUAGAAGAAGAAAUACCUCAAGGAAUUGAUAAAAGAUCAUAGGGCAAUCUUUUACAGUUCCUAAAGACUUCAGUGGUCUCUGUUUCUUUGGUUUGCAUGUGUUCACAUAGGUGGUACACAGCUCAGUUCUUCUCCACAAGGAAAAGCAGAAAAGACCAAACACAUCAAAUGCACUGGAUUUUAAUUGUGUGUGUGUGUGUGUGUGUGCGUGCGCGUGCACGUGUGUGUGUGUGUGUGUGUGUGUUUUUAAACUGAAUGCAGUCUGACAUCUCCCACCCCUUCUCUCUUCCAUGUGCCUCACCCUCCCCCGUAGCCACAGAAAGGAGGGUCUCUUCCUGUGAAUCCCAUGCUGGAAGUUGGUUUCUGGGAAGCGAAACCUAAUGUCUGUGGACUGUUUUUUAAAGCCAUGUUUCAGUUCUGUCUUCAGACUCUUUGCUGCCUUUGGGGAAUGGAGGGGUGGGAAGGGUAGAUUCUUGAAUUGUUUUUAAAAUCCAUUAUGAAAAUUUUGCAUGUAUAAAGUUAUUCUUAAAUCUAAAGGAGUCUCCCUGAUUUGCAGACACAGCUCCAGGAGAGCAUCGUCACAGAUUCCUCAGCUCCAGUUUUGAUCAGACUUUUAUGAAAGGAAAAUGAGAUAACAGAAAGGAGAGAGACUGGUGUGAUGUAAAGAAGACAUAGUCACGGUUUUAAAUAAAAGUUAGAAGUUAGACUUCUAGUAGGGAACUUUCAAAACAGCCCAAGGGAUUUUGUAUGCCUGUUUCCACUGGGUGCAUUUGAAAAUCCUGCCACUAAUUUGGAUAUUGGGUAUCUGGACUGUUUCUUUAGUAAAACUAAUCAUGUAUCACUUCUUCUCUCUUUUGUGGUAUCAAGGAUGUGGUACAGUUUCCCACGUUUCUAGGUAAAAUUCACUGAUGAGAAUACUGUGAAAUGUGGAUUCACAUUUUCUGCCUCCCCCUCCUGUGUGACUUUUCUAAUUUUGUGAGAUAGGUUGGGUGUUCUUUUUCUUUUUUAAAACUUUGGAGUCCUUCCUUUGGAAAAGCAAAAAGGUAAGGAGAGGUAGAAUUUGCAGUGUACUUAAUGAACUUUCCAUACCCUCAAGAAAGAGUUUUCCCACAGUAAGAAUAUUAUACUGUCCUGCUGCAGAAGUAAACCCGAUGCUCUCCUGCGAGAUCUCUGUCUGGAUUAGUCCUGAAGUGCACACAUCCUUCUUUGCCAUGGACUGAGACCCAGUGAGAAUGUAGCAUUUUGUUUAUCCUGGUUGUGUGCCUCCAGGACUCCUGCCUGUACCAAUGGUGACUGGGCAGUGCUCCUUUUUUGUAUCUGUACAGUAUAUUUGCUUUGUGCUCUCUUUCUAUGGUGCUUUUUAAUACUUAAUACUUGGAUUUUUUUCUAAU